AUAAAGGAAAAGAGAGACGUGUAUGUUUAUGCGUCACGCAAAUAAGCGAUGUGUUCCCAUUCGGAUUUGCAGCAGUUGGUGGCUUUCCAUAUCCGAAUCCUUUCCCAUUGCGCUCCUCCCCGCCAUUUUCUUCCCUUCUCUCCACUCCCACAAUCAUGCCAAUCUUUGUUGCAACCAUCGCCUCUGUCUCUGCUCAUUCCUUUCUCUCACUCCUUGCUUCCACUUCUGAUGCUUCUUCAACCUCCUCCUCCUCCUCCUCCUUCAUUUUACCACUCAAAUCCCCCUCUAAACGCUCUUCCAUUUUCCCCUCCAGAGUCUCCCUCUCCGGAAAACCUGACCCCAUUGCCGGAGUUCUAGACACCUCCCCGGAAUCCGUUCGACGUGCUCGGAGAUCUGCUGAUUGGAAGGCAGCGAGGGAAUACCUUGAUAGUGGAUUUAUCUAUGAGGGUAGGAUUGAAGGUUCAAAUGCUGGAGGUUUACUUGUGCGAUUUUAUUCUCUUGUUGGGUUUCUUCCAUUCCCUCAAUUGAGCCCGUCUCAUUCUUGUAAAGAACCAUACAAGAGUAUUCAAGAUAUUGCAAAAAGCUUAAUUGGUUCGCUUAUAUCAGUAAAGGUAAUCCAAGCAGAUGAGAAAAACAGGAAAUUGAUAUUUUCAGAGAAGGAAGCUGCGCGGUCAAAGUUUUCUGGGCAAGUGGCUGUGGGGGAUGUUUAUGAAGGCAAAGUUGGAUCUGUGGAGGAUUAUGGUGCUUUUGUACAUCUACGUCUCUCUGAUGGUCUUUAUCAUCUUACUGGUCUAGUACAUGUAUCAGAAGUUUCAUGGGAUCUAGUUCAGGAUGUACGAGACAUAUUAAGUGAGGGUGACGAAGUGACAGUGAAGGUCAUUAAUGUUAACAAGAAUAAGUCUCGGAUCACAUUGUCGAUCAGACAACUCGAGGAAGAUCCACUUUUAGAAACAUUGGACAAAGUAAUACCGCAGGAAAGUUCUGCUGAACCUGAUUCUUUUGGACCUAAAGGCGACAGCGAAAUAAUACCCCUCCCUGGACUUGAAACAAUAAUUGAAGAGCUACUGCAGGAAGAGGGUUUGAAUAUCAGUAUAGUAGAUGUUCGUGUCAAUCGACAAGGAUUUGAGAAACGGGUGGUUUCACAAGACCUACAGCUUUGGCUAUCAAAUGCACCUCCCGUUGAAAAGAAGUUCACUCUCCUUGCUCGUGCCGGGAGGCAGGUUCAAGAAAUUCAGCUGACAACAUCACUCGAUCAGGAAGGUAUAAAAAGGGCAUUGCAGCGUGUGUUGGAACGUGUCCCGUGAUUUUGGAAACAAAGUUCGUUUUGUUCGAUUUUGUAUGAAGCUGUGUGUAAAGAUGAUGAUGCCAAUUCAAUUGUUUCCAGUAAGUUGUACAUUUUGUCUGAUCUCUAAAUCUAUUCUAAUGGUAAAAGUAAAAGGUGUUGUAAGCAUGAAGGCUCUAUCCUUGUAUGUACAUAUUCUUUGUUUCAUUGAAUUCAAAGAAAAUUUCAACUAACCUUUGUUUCUUAUAUUCUUUA